GGGCGUGGCCGGCGCCGGCUCUUGCGGCGGUGCAGGGUUGCGGCGUGGGAAAGAGCCUCUGGGAGCCGAGCUUGCCGCCGAGGGAGCCGCGCCUCCGAGGCCACGGGAGGGAAGCAGGAGGCCGGCGGGGCCGGUGCUGUGCCCCGCUCCGCGUCCUUGGUUUCGGCCCGGCUGCGCCCCGCUCGAGUUUCGCCGCGAUGAAGCGCCCUUGCGAGGAGACAACCUCCGAGAGCGACCUGGAUGAGACUAUCGACGUGGGGAGCGAAAACAAUUACUCAGGGCAAAGUACUAGCUCUGUGAUUAGAUCGAAUUCUCCAACAACAACAUCUCAGAUUAUGGCCAGAAAGAAAAGGAGAGGGAUUAUAGAGAAAAGGCGUCGGGAUCGGAUAAAUAACAGUUUAUCUGAGUUGAGACGACUGGUGCCAACGGCUUUUGAAAAACAAGGAUCUGCAAAGUUAGAAAAAGCUGAAAUAUUGCAAAUGACAGUGGAUCAUUUGAAGAUGCUUCAGGCAACAGGAGGUAAAGGCUACUUUGACGCACACGCUCUUGCCAUGGACUUCAUGAGCAUCGGGUUCCGAGAGUGCCUAACGGAAGUGGCAAGGUACCUGAGCUCCGUGGAGGGCCUGGACUCCUCGGAUCCACUGCGGGUGCGACUCGUCUCUCAUCUCAGCACUUGUGCCUCCCAGCGGGAGGCGGCGGCGAUGACGUCCUCCAUGGCCCACCACCAUCACCCCCUCCACCCGCAUCACUGGGCCGCGGCCUUCCACCAUCUGCCCGCAGCCCUGCUCCAACCCAGUGGACUCCACACCUCGGAGUCAACCCCUUGUCGCCUCUCCACAACUUCAGAAGUGCCUCCUGCCCACGGCUCUGCGCUCCUCACGGCCACGUUUGCCCACGCAGAUUCUGCCCUCCGAAUGCCAGCCACGGGCAGUGUUGCCCCCUGUGUGCCACCUCUUUCCACCUCUCUCUUGUCCCUCUCUGCCACGGUGCAUGCCGCAGCCGCAGCAGCCACGGCAGCCGCGCACAGCUUCCCUCUGUCCUUCGCGGGGGCUUUCCCCAUGCUCCCCCCGAACGCAGCCGCCGCCGUGGCGGCCGCAACGGCCAUCAGCCCGCCCCUGUCGGUAUCAGCCACGUCCAGUCCUCAGCAGACGAGCGGUGGAACAAACAGUAAACCUUACCGACCCUGGGGGACAGAAGUUGGAGCUUUUUAAACUCUCCUUGAACUUCUUGCACUAGCAACCGAAUGUCCUUCAUUUCAGAGUCAGCUAGCAACCUCUGCACCCUGAGGGCAGACAUGCCGAUGCCUACAGAUCGCACAGGACAAUAAAGCUGUUUGAGACACAAACCUCAUGAGUGGAAAUGUGGUAUUAUCUUUUCUUGUUUUGUUUUGUUUUUUUUUGUUUGUUUGUGUAAGGCAGCUUGGUAACUGACAUCAGCAACUUUUGAAAACUUUUCCAUUUAGAAGUUUCCUGGAAAAUGUAUGGACUGUACCAUUCAGCAGUACAUCAGUAUGCCUGGAUGGGGGAAGAAAAAGGCCCUGACCGAAUUCUCUUAAAACCAGAUGGGGGGGAAAACUCGUGUUGCAUAAGUGCCUGAGCUAGGGAAGUUUUCUUCUGAACAUGUAACAGUUGCACAAGAGGAUGGCGGAAGGUAGGUUAAGGAAGGAAAAGUAUAGAAGUCUUGCUAUAGGCUGCAGAAAUUUUCAUACAAUGCCAGAGAAAAGUACUGGGUUGAAAGCAACAGGUUUUAUUGGUCAAAAGGAUUGCUGAAAAUAAUGUCCAAGUUGAAAGAGGUACCUUUAUCUUAGUUUGUUUCCUUUGUACAGACUUGCCAAGUGGCGACAUUUACCAAUGCAUUGGUAUAAGCAAUUAUUCCUUUAGUGCUCAGAUUAACAAGCAUUUCUGCUCUGCCUGCAAGCCCCCAGGCACUUUUUCUUGGGAUGGCUCAAAAUAUGGUGCUUCUUUAUUGAAAGCUUACAUUUAUAUCGUGCACCUAGGAGCUGUCGCCUCCCAUGUGCCCACCAGAGGCUGUUUGAUCCAUGCCAACUUGAAAACUCUUUGGUUUAUACGAGUUUGGGUUAAUUUAUUCAGUUUCAUUUGGACUACUUUUAUAUAUUUAUCCUUUUCAUUUUCUCCUGAUAACAUUCAGCAUCUAUUCUUGUCACCUUUGGGGGGAAAUUGCAUUUCUGGAGGUGAUAAGAUAGGAAAGAGCAUUGGGAAGAGAAAAGCCCUGAUUUUUAAAGGUCUUUGUCAAGGUAAUGGUUGCGUUUGAUCCCAAAGCAAGAUGAAUGUAUGCAGUGGGCUGUACAUAAAUUAUUUUUGUCCAUGCCUAGACUAGUGCUAAAUACGGUGUUGUGGUUUUGUUUUUUCUUUUAAUUUUUUUUGACAAAAUAAUCUCUUUAAUACAUUGAAAUCAAGCACAUAAGAUUUUAUGUUUGAAAGAUAAAAGACACAGCAUGUAUUAUGCACUUCAUUUCUCUGCUGUGUGGAGAAAGCAAUAAAACAUUACAAGAAUGUUAAACAUUAUGCAAAACUAUACUUUUAAAUUUUUGUUUUAAAAUUACUGUACCUGGUCCUUUUUACAUUACUUUGUAACCUUUUUCUAUGCAAGACUCUUUACAUAUCACUAAUUAAAUGAAGUCCUUUUUGACUA